AUGACCGGCCUUGGCUUUACGUCCAACGGAGGUGACACGACAAGCGUCCUGAAUAAAGAAUCGAUCGCUAAGACCCUUCAAGCAGUUGAGAAUUCCCAACAGCAGGAUUUCAUCCAAUGUUGUUUGAAUAAAGACCCGGCUCGACGGCCUACCGUGCAUGAUUUGCUCUUCCAUCCGAUACUUUUCGAAGUGCCGUCGUUGAAGUUGUUGGCCGCCCAUGUCGUCGUAAAUAUUUACGAAUCGCCGAAUGACACAGACGAGCGGAUCAAGGAGCUAGACAAGAACAAGGUUAUCGCUGAGACCUUCUUAUACGACGGAUCGCCCGGUACCCAAAUUACGGUUGGCGACGUUCCAGUCAGCGAGUUGGACAAGUAUUUGGAAGACGUUAGAAAUGGCAUUUACCCGUUGACUGCUUAUGCGAAUCCAUACAAACGAACACGGGUUUCAUCAUCAUCCACCGUGUCUUCACUCAAUCUGUCGUUUCCUGCCAAGCAGCCAGCCGCGUCGUCCGGCGACAUGCCGAGCAGCGACAAUUCAGACGAACAGUGCAUCGAGUCGCGACGGUUGAUCAGCAUGUCUGCAGAGAUCAAAGGAGUCGAAACUGAAAGUGUUUAUGGAGUGAGUAUUUCUUUCUGCUCCUGUACUCGUUAAAU